AUGAACCCCCCAUUGCCAUCAUUGACCUCUGUUUGGCACAACGCACCAUACGCAGCCAUAUCUCCGGAACGGCCCGAGCUGAGCGCCUUGGGCAAAACAGUGAUUAUCACUGGCGCGGGAAGUGGAAUUGGCCAGGCGACCGCAUUGGCCUUUGCUCGUGCUGGUGCCGCUAAGAUCGUUUUGAUUGGGCGCAACGAAGAGAAACUCCAAUCCACACAAAAGCAACUCGAUUGCCCGAGUUCUAUCCACGCAGCGAAUGUCACAAAUGAAGCAGCAAUUACUCAGGUUGCGACUUCUAUAGGCACAUGGGAUAUCAUGAUCUUGGCUGCAGGCCAUAUCUCUCCUAGGGUUCACAUGCGGGAAGCGUCGGUGACCGAGUGGUGGCAGAAUUUUGAGACUAAUGUCAAGGGAACCAUGAUUGCUGCCAAUGCAUUCCUUCCUACUGCCAACCAGACCCAUUCGGCUAUUGUUGCAUUUAGUGCCGGUGUCUUUUUCCCACCCGGAAGGUUGGCUGGUCUCUCGGGAUAUAUUAGCUCCAAGUUUACUUUGAUCAAGGUUAUGGAAUUUUUGGCUGCUGAGAACCCCAAUGUCUUUGCUGCUGCGUUGCAUCCGGGAAUGAUAGAGACCGAUAACUUCCGGGCUUCCGGGGCAGACCCUAGCAAGCUUCCUAUGGAUUCAGUCAAUCUUCCGGCUGAAUUCUUGGUGUGGCUCACGAGUCCCGAAGCCGCAUUUCUGAAUGGACGUUUUGCAAUGGCGAACUGGGAUGUGGAAGAACUCAAGACCAAAGCUGAUCAGAUCCAGUCUGGACAACUACUGACCUCGGGUGUUAACGGAUGGCCCUUUUCCCCUAUCUAG